AUGAAAUAAUUAUCAAAAUCAAUAAGAUAUGCUUAUUGGAAUACAAUAAAGGAUAUCAAUCCUCUUUUUGUAGAAGCAUAAUAUGCUGUAAGAGGAUAAGUACCAUCAAUGGCAGCUACAAUUUAAGAAGAAAUUAAUUCAGGCAAAAAAUACCCUUUUGAUUCAAUUACUGAGUUGAAUAUAGGUAAUCCAUAAACAUUUGGUUAAAAACCUAUUACAUUUAAUAGAAGUGUUUUAUCAUCUAUGUUGGAUCCAAAUAUCUUAAAAUAUCAAUCAGGAGAUGUAUAAAGAAGAGUGAAGUUUUAUAAUGAUAAAAUUGGUUUCUAAGUUGGUGCUUAUAGUUAAUCUCCAGGAUAUCCAAUCAUAAGAGAAGCUAUAGCUAAGUAAUUGUUUACUAAUAUUUAUUUAGUUUUAUCUAAAAAAGAGAUGCCACCAAAAAUAAACCUUCAAUUAAUGAUAUUAUUUUAACUGAUGGUGCAUCAUCAGGCAUUACAUUAAUGUUUAAUUUAUUACUUAAAGAUAAAAAUGAUGGUGUUAUGAUUCCUAUUCCAUAAUAUCCUCUCUAUUCUGCUGUCAUUGCAUAAUGUGGAGCAUAAUAAAUACCAUAUUAUUUAGUUGAAGAUAAGAAUUGGUCAGCAGAAAAGUAAUAAUUAGAAGGUAUCCUAUAAUUUUUAUUAUUAUUUCUUUAGAAUAAUAUUCAAAAGCAAGAAGAAAUGGAAUCAAUCCAAGAAUUUUAGUAUGUAUUAAUCCAGGCAAUCCUACAGGAUAAGUCUUUGAUAAAUAAAGCAUUGCUGAAAUGAUCAAGUACAAUAUUAUCUUCAUAUUUUAGAUUUGCAGCUGAUAAAAAAAUUACUAUAUUUGCUGAUGAAGUCUAUUAAGAAAAUAUCUACGACUCUAAAAAAAAGUUUAUCUCUUUUAGAAAAGUAGCUAAUGAACUUAAUUUGGAUGUCGAAAUCUAUUCAUUCCAUUCCAUCUCUAAAGGUAUUACUGGAGAAUGUGGUUUAAGAGGUGGAUAUAUGGAAAUUACAUCUAAAAUUGAUUCAGAAGUUCAUUUCCAAAUUCAUAAAUCAAAAAGUAUAUAAUAAAAUAACUAAUUUAGCAAUAAUGUUAUGUUCAAAUACAGUUGGUUAAUUGAUGACAGGAUUAAUGGUAACACCACCAACAGUUGAAGAAGGUUGCACUGAAUCUACUGUUUAAUAAUAUAAUGAUGAAUGCAAAUCUCUCUUUACUAGUUUAUAAAGAAGGGCUGCUGUAGUUACUCAAUAUCUUAACUAAACGAAAGGUGUUUCUUGUUAACCUAUUGAAGGUGCUAUGUAUGCUUUCCCAAGAAUCUAUUUAUCAGGUAUUUUCAAUCAUACAUGUAAAUUUUUAGAUAAAUACAUCCAACAUGCUAAGAAAUUAGGUUAUGAACCUGAUGUCCUUUAUUGCUUAGAUCUUCUUAAAGAAACUGGAUUAGUUGUUGUUCCAGGCUCUGGAUUCUUACAAUAUCCAGGAACUUAUCAUUUCAGAAUGACAAUCUUGAUUUUACCUGAAGAGAAACUCUUAGCUAAAAUGAAAAUAUUCCAACAAUGGCAUGAAAGUUAUCUUUCAAAAUUCUAAUGAAUUAUUUUUAUAUUUUAUGAACAAAACAAUAACAUC